CUUCUCUUCUUCUCUCUCAGAUAACAAGAUGCUGCAGAAACUGACGCCUGAAGCGCGCACGGCCAAGCUUGCUCAGCUGCCCGGCUGGAACGAGGUUGCUGGACGCGACGCGAUUCGCAAGGACUUUGUGUUUGCCGACUUCAACCAAGCGUUCGGAUUCAUGACGCGCAUUGCACUCAAGGCAGACAAGAUGGACCACCAUCCAGAGUGGUUUAACGUCUACAACCAAGUCCACAUCACCCUGAGCACCCACGAUUGCGGAGGUCUCUCCGAACGUGACAUUACCCUCGCAACCUUCAUCGAGUCGGUCGCUGCAGAGUCGCGCGCCAAGUGAGACACAAACCGUUGCAAGGCUUUCACAAGCACACUACCAGACUGCGCUAGUUGCAGAGAAAGUGUGCAGUGUUGGAUCUGCGUUUUUGACUGUUGGAGAUGUGGAAAUGAAGGCAAAAAGAGGGUGCUCUUUGUUUUUGUGAAGCAACAAAUCAAAAAGUAACACAAGCGUUCACUGCUGCUUGGAUUUUCGCUUGAUUUUCUCGCUG